AUGACACGUAAAAGCACAAUUAAUCGUACGUUAAAAUUAAUGCUUACUCUGUGUGGUAUAUGGCCAGGCACAACGUGUAUUAUAAUCUGCAGGGCGUAUUGGAUUAUCGCAUUAGCAAUAGAUGAAAUUUGUCACUGCCGUUAUCUUUUAUUGCAUUUGCAUUCCAACGAUCUUUUUGACUUGAUGGACUGUUUCAGUAGUUUCCUAACGCAAGUAAAAUUCACAAUUAAGUUGAUUAUAUUCUGGCUGAAUGAAAGAAAAUUCUUUGAGAUCUUGACGAUGAUGGCAGAAGACUGGAACGAUUGCGCUGGCAGUAACAUCAAUAUGCGCGAAACGGCAUGCAAAGCUAAAUUAGCAAAUCGUAUCACUAAUGCGAUGUUCACUCUUCACACGUUAACCAUUGUUGCGUACAGUAUUGGUGUUCUAUUGGCCGACGUCGACGUCACUGAGCAAUCCGAACUACCUCUUCUAUUAAAGGUGGAGCUUCCUGUCAACAUAAACACAAAACGCAUGUAUAAAAUGCUCCUGACCAUGCAAUUCGUGCAUCUCAUCAUGUCCGGCUGUGGAACGGGUUUAUUGAACGCAUUGCUCUUAACUUUGACUUUACAUGUAGGUGGUCAGAUGGAUAUUUUGCGUUGUUGGUUAAAUGAACUUGUACCACAAGGAAAUGAAGGAUCCGAGUCUGUCGCCGUCACGACGAAUAGAAUUAUUCGCAAGCAUCAAAGAAUCAUUAACUUUUCGGAAUACAUCGAGGAUUUAUAUACAUACAUCGCGUUAGUGCAAUUUACAUCAAACACUGUGCUCAUUUGUUCUUUAGGAUUUCUUAUUGUAACGGCAAUUGGCAGUCCCGAUGCAACGGAGCACAUAGUGCGAUCACUUUUAUUUUACACCGUGACGAAUCUCGAAGCAUUUAUAUUUUGCUACGCAGGAGAAUAUUUAAAAAACAAGAGUAAAGCUAUCGGAAAUGCGGCGUACAAUUCUGCCUGGUACGAAAUGAAACCUAAAAACAGCCGUAAUUUAAUAUUCGUGAUAUUAAGAGCACAAAAGCAAUUGACACUUACAGUUGGAAAAAUAAUGGAUCUCUCCUUAGAAUCUUUUACAAGUGUAAGAUUUAUACGUAACACACAAAUUAUGACUCGUAAAAGUACACUUAACCGCACGUUGAAAUUUAUGCUCAUUUUAUGUGGUAUUUGGCCGGGCGCAUCGUAUAUUCUACUUUGUAGAAUAUUUUGGAUUGUUUCGUUGAUCGUUACCCUAUUUUGCCAUUACCGUUAUUUUCUGACACAUGUAUAUUCUGCCGAAAUAUUGGAUUUAAUGGACUGUUUAUCCAGUUUUCUAGCGUAUUCCAAAAUCAUUAUUAAGUUCCUUGUGUUUUGGUUAAAUCAGCGAAAAUUCGUCGAAAUCUUGACAGUGAUGGCAGAAGAUUGGAAUGAUUGCGCUAAUAGUGACAUUAGUAUACGUGAGACAACACGCAAGGCGAAAAUAUCGGAUCGUAUUACAAAUGCGAUCAUCACCCUUCAUACGACGACAGUUGUUGCAUAUUGCAUUGGUAUCGUUUUGGCUGAUGUUGAUGUCACUGACUCUACGAAAGAACUACCUUUAGUCAAUAAGGUAGAAAUUCCUUUCAGUAUAAACACACAAUUUACAUACAGAACCGUUUUAAUCACGGAAUUUUUACUUAUGAUCCUUUGCGGAUGGGCGGCUGGUAUAACAAACUCUUUAUUAUUAACAUUGGCAAUCGGCAGCCCCAACGCGCUAGAACAAAUAAUGAAAUCAAUUCUAUUCUAUACUAUAACGAAUCUCGAAGCGUUUAUAUUUUGUUAUGCUGGAGAAUAUCUGAAUAACAAGAGUAAAGAAAUUGGUUUUGCGGCAUACAGCUCUACAUGGUACAAUAUGAAAUAUAAAGACAGUCGCGUCCUACUAUUUAUUAUACUAAGAUCACAAAAGCCACUAACGCUUACAGCUGGAAAGAUGAUAGACCUAUCUUUACAAUCUUUUACAAGUAUCAUGAAUGCUUCAGGAUCAUAUCUAUCGGUAUUAUUAGCAAUGCAAUAA